AAAGAAAUUAAAAAAAUAAAAUCAAAUACCCUAACAAGCCUCGCGCUGUCUUCUUCCCCGCCUCUCUUCUCUCCAUACCGCGCUUUCCAGCUCAGGCAGCUUCUCUUCCGGCGCCGCCGUUAGUUCCGUCGUGAUCACCUCAAAGGAUUCGCCAAGAUCUUCAAUCUGGUUAUUUGGGUCAAAGAUCUCUGUUAUUCUCAAUCAUGGCAACUAGACUACAGUUUGAGAAUAAUUGUGAAGUUGGAGUGUUUUCUAAACUUACUAAUGCCUAUUGUUUGGUUGCCAUAGGAGGAUCCGAAAACUUCUAUAGUGUGUUUGAAUCUGAGUUAGCAGACGUCAUCCCUGUAGUCAAAACAUCCAUUGGUGGAACUCGAAUUAUUGGUCGCCUUUGUGCAGGAAACAAAAAUGGGCUUCUGCUGCCCCAUACAACUACAGACCAAGAACUUCAACAUUUGAGAAACUGUCUGCCCGAUCAAGUAGUCGUUCAGAGAAUAGAAGAAAGAUUAUCUGCUCUCGGAAAUUGUAUAGCUUGUAAUGACCAUGUGGCUCUCACUCACACCGAUCUUGACAGGGAGACGGAGGAAAUGAUUGCAGAUGUUCUUGGAGUAGAAGUUUUCAGGCAGACCAUUGCCGGCAAUAUUCUUGUCGGUAGCCACUGUGCCUUCUCCAACAGAGGGGGCUUGGUCCACCCUCAUACUUCCAUAGAAGACUUGGAUGAGCUUUCUACACUUCUUCAGGUUCCUUUGGUGGCUGGGACGGUGAACCGUGGCAGUGAAGUGAUAGCUGCUGGAAUGACAGUGAAUGACUGGACGGCAUUUUGUGGCUCGGACACCACAGCGACAGAGCUGUCUGUGAUUGAGAGUGUUUUCAAACUGAGGGAGGCACAGCCUAGUGCCAUUGUGGAUGAGAUGAGAAAAUCUCUCAUUGAUAGCUAUGUCUAAAUUGUGGUUAAUAUUGUGAUUGUAUUAUCUUUCCUAAGAUAUUGCACUUUUAAUUGUUAAAUAAUCUUUUCAAGUUUUGGUGAUA